UCGCAAACUCCAUAAAACAAACGGAGUAUAUUUGAAAUAUUGAAGAUAAAAUAUAAGAUCAAUAACAAGUAACAUGAAAUACUAGUUCUGACUUUCCGAGUUUAAAUUACAUGACUUGAAAACACUCAUUUGUAUUUUCACAAAUUAUUGUGAGAGACUGUAUUUUCGAAAGACGUAUUAGAUAUAUGUGUUAAAUAACUCAAUUAAUACAAAUUAAAUAGAAAAUAAGAAUAUAAACUUCUUAUUUUGAGAUCGUUUCUUUGAAAGACGGUCUCUCACGGUAACAGUAGUUGUAUUUUUUUAUUCAUAUGGUCUUUGUCAGUUGUCACACUACGGAGGAUUAUAUUGCCGCAAUAAGAGGCUGAUGAAUCGAUUAAACCGAUUAGUAAGCAGCUAAACGCUAACCCUAACUUUAGGAACUCGGCACUUUGCACUCGGCAAUCGGAAGCCGGCAGCCAGCAGGCUGCUACUCUCUUUGGCAAUUGGCAUUUCUGUGCCUGUUGCGCCGCCCAAAAAGCCUAGACGUUACAUUCUCUCAAUUGUAAUGAUUCUUUCUUCCCUUUCAUUAUAAUUUUAAACUUUAUAAAUCCCAUUUAGCAUGGCAAAUCCUCAUUUCAAAAGAAUACUUUUCUUUCUACAAAAACGAUUUUACAAUGCAGUUUCAUCUUCAACAAACCCUAAUAAUUCAACCAAAAUGGUUGAUAGAAUUACUGAUGCAAGUUAUAAGAGAAAGACUAGUAUUGAAAUUUGCAACUCAACCUCACAUUUAUCUUUCCAUAUUCAAUACCUUACAAAAGCUUGUGGGCUUUCUUUAGAUUCAGCUAUGUCUGCAUCUAAAAAGGUGACAUUGGUUGGGAAGAAUAAGUUUCACUACGAUUCUGUUGUCUCUUGUUUCAAAUCCCAUAACUUUUCUGAUACUCACAUUGCUCAGCUAAUUGAAAAGUACCCGGCGGUUCUUCAAUCUAGAAUAUCAUCUAAUGUUGAGCCUAAGAUCCAAUUUCUUAUCCAAAAUGGAUUUGAUGGUCUGUUACUUCCUGAAUUUGUAGUUUCCGCGCCCUUGAUUUUUGUUAGGAGUUUAGAUGCUCAAUUGAAACCAUUGAUUGCAUUACUUAAGGAUUUUGUAAGUUCUCCAGAGAAGAUAUUGGUUUCUGUUCGUCGUGGAUCAUGGAUUGUUUCUGCUGAUUGUGAACAAUUGCAACAGAAUUUGGAUUACUUGAUUGAACAAGGAGUGCCCAAGAAUAGGAUUGCAGAUAUGUUUGUUUGGCAGCCAAGGUGUAUGUUUCAUGUUAAUGAUAGGGUGAAAUAUGGAGUUGAAAAGUUAAAAAGCAUGGGAAUUUCUCCUAGUACUCCUAUGUUUAUACACGCUCUUCGAGUGAUCUUAUCGUUGAGUGAGUCGACAUGGAAGAGAAAAAGGAAGAUUUUUGAGAGUUUAGGUUGGUCUUAUGAUGAUUUUAUAUCAACAUUUAUAAGAAAUCCACUUUGUUUGUGUUGUUCCGAGGAGAAACUUAGACAAUCUAUGGAUUAUUUUGUCAACACUAUCAAAAUUGAUAAGCAGAGUGUUAUUGGUCACCCCAAGAUUCUUAUGUUUUCAAUUGAGAAGAGGAUAGAGCCCAGGUACAGGUUUUGGAAGAUUUUGGGGGAAAGAAACCUGAAACGACCUGCUUUUAUUUGGAUGCUUGAUAGACCCGAAAAUGGAUUCAUUAAGCACUAUGUUACUAAGUAUUCUGAUACAGAUCCUGAUCUUCUGCAAAUCUAUCAAAAAUUCAAGGAAAAAACAAUCAGUCCUGAAGGUGAAGAGGAUUGCAUUUAAGAGGAAAAG